AUUGUUCUUUCCACAUUACACAAUAAUAAUAAGAAAAAACGACCCCCGAUCCAUUCUUAUUGUCUACCAACUUGUCUUUUUUCCCUCUCUCCUUUCUCUUCAUCUUUACUGUUUAUCGUAUAUAAAAUCCACACGUCCAUCCGAGCCUCUCCUUCUCUCUUGUCUCCUCUUCCCCGUCUUUGUUUUAUAUAAAAGGUUUUAUGUCGACCAGUCAUCUUCCUUCUAUCCAAACCAACUUCUCCCACAUCUCUUCUAAAUAUUCAACAACAUCCCAUCAAUACCACACAAGCUCAUCUUCUCCGAGAUUGUCUUCGUCCAACAUGAACUUCCAAACCCGGUCCUACUCCACUCCCUCGCUAUCCUCGCGUGGAUCAAGUUCGUCUCUCUAUAGCCAGUACAGCUCCGCCUCUGACCGAUCCCUGUCAUGCUCGCCUGGACCAUCCACGCCUUGCGACAACAUGAGUCGUUCCCCUUCAUUUUCGCAUCAACGUCCCCACAAGUCCCUGAUGUCUCUGCCAUUGAAGCAUCAAGUACCGAUCCCAUUCUCAUCGGUUCUUCCACAGCCAAAGGGAUACACCGCCCACUCGUCCCAUCUUCAACAUCAUCAUCUCCCUUACCAUCAUCAGUCAUCUCCUCAAUCCAACAACACUCACUCAUACAACACCGGUUCACAUCCUUCUACGGUUUCAAGACAGUAUCAUCAUCAUCAGGCCUUGCCUUCUCCCAGAGAUUUCAUCUAUUCUUCUACUUCUCCCUCUCGAGAUCAUGCCUAUGAUCAUGUGGAUCAUUACUAUGCUCGCGGAGACCGAUCCUCUUUUAAUGGAUCAGCACAACCUCCAACUGAUUACUUUACUUCUCGACCCACCUCAUAUCACCAUCUGUCUACACCAACGACCCCAACCUCAGCAAUCAGUAUGGAUUCUAGAGUUCAUCCUCUUUCGCCUGCACCAUUGACGCCUCUUCAAGUUUCAACAACGCGAUCGAUUCAUUCAAGCCCCUUUAACAGCCCACGAUCUACUACAACUCCCGGUCGAGCGAUGAUGAUGAUGAUGAUGGAUGAGGAAUACUCGCCUUCGAUGUCCCGUUCCCCCUCGAUCUCCUCAGAUCGCUCCGUCUUUUCUCCAGAGCCUUCGUCUCCUGCUUUUGCUUCGGAACAACAUCAUUACAUGACAUCAUCUAAUCGUGGUCACUCGAGUGUUUCAUCGUCUGCUUCGACCUCCAUGUCCUCCUUGUCGUCUUCUUUGACCAGCAACAACUCUUCCUCCAAUUCUUUGGCAACUUGUUUAUUGCCUUCGUCGUCGUCUACAUCCUCCUCCUCCAACCCACAAUUGUUGUUGUGUCCUGUUUGCAGCCGAGCCUUCAAGCCAAGCAAGAACCAAAACUGCAAUUUGAGACGUCAUUUGAAGAAUGUUCACAAUAUGUCCCCUACAAUGCAUCCUCGCAAGUGCAAAUGGGAUUCUCUGCCCGAUGGUCGCGUGAAGGAUGACAAGGACCGUAAGGAACGUACUCGUAAGAGUAAGCGUCUUUGGGCUCGCAAGUUCCGCCUGCGACGCAAGGUUGAGGAAGCUGCUGUGGUGUUGAGCAUGCUCAGCCAGGCAGUCUAA